AUGUGAAAUCCACAGCGAGCAAAUACCCACGGAGGAGCAGAGACCAAACGGGAAUACCUUUAAUUGCUUUUUAAACCUUUUGACACUGACCGCUUUGGAUCAUUUGUUGAACAGCAUCAAAAGACGGGUUGAAAGAAAACAUUUGUCCGCAUAAUUUGUUUUUUCCCCUUUUUCUCCAUUAUUUUUCCUCCCUGGGAGAGACGGACCUCCUAAGUGCAGCAGUAUGUUGAACAAUAUGGAUUUGAAUGCGAAAGAUUCUUUUUACCCUCAGUUUGAGAAUUGCAACAGUUCUUCCGUGGGGAUGGAAAACAGCGCGCGGAAAGAUAACCAGGAGGUGUAUGUCGAUGCGGAGCGGGGGGUACCUGCCCAGUUCGGCCACGAAGGAACCCCUGCGACCCUCAAAACCGAAGCCUCCAACUCGGAAUUUGCGUUUAACCCCUGCGAGUGCCCAAAAGACACCUACACCCCCUCCUCGCUCGCCUACUCUGGCAGUUUCUAUGUGGAGGCAUCUCAGGGAGCGCCGUGCAGCACCGAAACACUUCUCAAUAUGAUCACUGAGAUCGUGGGCAUCUCCACGCUGCCACUGUCAGAAAUGACACACAGCGGCAACAGUCGGGGAACGUAUCCGUCGCCCGCGCCGAUGGACAGCAGCAAUUUUGGAGACCCCGGCGUUAAGAGGCAACCGUACACCUGCUCGGGACCUACUCCCCCCCUGUACUCCCCAGACCAGACGUGCCCGGGGUACGCUGAAGAUCAGAAUGGAAGCCAGGCCCUGGACCCGUCCACUUCUCAGCUGAGCUUCGGUUCCUCCCGAGCUCCAAACCAGAAGAAGGACGAACCAAAGUCAGAGGCCGCUUCUUUCCCCGUCGUUGUCAAGAAUGAGUUUGAGAGCAGCUGCUACGAGUGGGGAGCGUUCAGUAAGUCUGGCUGUUUGGAGACGGGUUUCCAGACAGAAACCUUCCCGAUGUCCAGCGAUUUCCCCCCCGACCAGCAGAUGGAUGUCAAGGAACUUUUAGACACGUUUCCCCCAAUCUGUCCCAACCCAGAGAUGGAGUUUAAAGUGGAGGGGGGCAUCAAACAGGAACCGUGUUUCUCUGACACCUGUUCUCAGAGCUACUCAAGCCCCCUGUACAAUAAUUACCUCCCACCACCUCCGAUGGGCCUCCCAUCUAACCUGAAACCCUUCGCCGACCCCCCACAGCCAUCUAAUCAGUGCGAUUCCUUAUACACGUCGCCGACCUUACCAAGCACCAUAGACUCCAUCCUCUAUUCUUCCUUGCUGCCAGAUUCGUUCGCCCAAAGUUACACCACCCGUCCGACGAAGCCCCCCAGGGCCAGGAAGAGCCCCGCCGCCUCUCACGGCCCGGCCAAAGAGAAACCCUUCACCUGCCCCAUGGAGAGCUGCGACCGGCGCUUCUCUCGCUCGGAUGAGCUCAACCGGCACAUCCGCAUCCACACGGGCCACAAACCUUUCCAGUGCCGCAUCUGUUUGCGCAGCUUCAGCCGAAGCGACCACCUCACCACCCACACCAGGACUCACACCGGGGAGAAGCCGUUCUCCUGCGACGUCUGCGGCAAGCGGUUCGCCCGCAGCGACGAGAGGAAGCGGCACGGGCGCGUACACCUGAAGCAGAAGGAGAAAAUGGAAAUAAAGCCACAAGUGACCACCAGCGCGUGGACUUUCACUCUUCCCGAGGGAAUUUGAAGCCAACGCUGUGGUUCCACAUGUACAAUAUUAGGGAUCUCUCCGUCUUGGAAGAUAAGCCAGCUAACCACGAGUUGAUGUCCGAGUUCGUUCGACCGGCAGGUCCAUGCCCUGGCACAAGAGGUUUUUGCAAAUAUUGCAGUUUUCUUUCAGGAGCAGAAGGGGAGAGAGGUCUGCUUCGGCCUUAUUGCUUGCUGCUGAUGCGUCUGACUUUAUGCAAAGAUGCAUAGGUCGAAAAGUCGGUAAACGGAUCAACAGUGACUUGUUGCUGUUAUCGUCAGUGGAGCCAAACCUCUCUGCUGCGGCACUGCAUGACUGCUGUUCAGCACCUCUUCAUCUGGACAGCUCCGAGCUCCAUCGCCUCAGAGCCGAGAUGGAUUGCACUUACAGAUUAUUAAUAUUUCCAUUUAAGAUUCUUAUUUUCUGCUUUUAGCAUUUUUAGAGCAAUGGUUUGGACUAUGUUUCUUAAAAAGCAUGUUUAUGUCAGUGUUUUUAUUUAUUUUUCCUUUAAGCGAAUAUCAACCACUGUCAAGGUGUACUCCUUCACUGAUGGGUUUUGACAUGAAUGUAGGCAAACCUAUUUAUGGCUUGACCAUAAUGCUGUCCAUCUUUAAACAAAUUUAGUGUUUGUUUAACUUCUUAUCAUUUGACUGUCAGUGUUUUUGUCAUUGGUCUUUGUGUUGUAUUACACUUGUUUGGAUUAUGACAAUUGUGAAAGAUAUAUCAUAAAUGGGAAAUAAAUAUAUUUGUAUUACUGUACUUCUUUGUAUUUUUAUAGCUAACUGUAUAUUUUACAUUUAUCACAUUUGACCGUCAUUUAUCAAGGUGAAAUGUAUUCUAAAACAUUAAUAAUGUCUGGUUUUUGAGGGCUAUUGUUUGGUAACACAAUAUUUUAAAUGUUACAAUUUGAUAUCAGAAACAUUUUCGCAAUUCAUCACAUUGUUGGUAUGAUACAAGUUAUUUAAUUGAACUGCUGAUCUAGAUUGAAACGGGAUCGGUAUGUACGAUAGUUGUGGUACGGCUUUUCAACAAAAAGGAUUUUACAAUAUGUACAGAGAACUAUGUUUAAUCCAGCUAGAAACGACUGGCAAAAUCAUAUAAACAUUGCUUUUGAGUAAUCAGGUAGCACACAUUGCUGCGUUUCUGUGGACUUUACCUUGGACUUCCCCAUGAAAGGGUUUUAACUCCUGGUACAUUUAGCUGGAGAUAAUGUAUGCUGAAAUGUUCACUUUAGCAACAAAAAAAAAAAGAACAAUGUUGAGAGUUUGGUGAAAUUGUCACCAACAAGGUAUUGCAAAAAAGUAAUUUAACUUGCCUUAAGUUAUAUUAACUGUUCAAGUAAAGAUUUUGUACAUACAGUUUCUACAAUACUUCAAAUCAAUAUUGAUGUUGUUAUUUUUAUGAAAGGUUUAUGAACAAAAUAAACAUUUUCUGGAACCAGCAAGUUUCUUGUGCAUGGUUUAGAAGGAUGAAACGAGUAUCUUCUUUUUCUCCCUUUGUCCGAUCUGUUUCCCAGAGCAUCUGGACCCCCCAUCGAAGCAUUCAGAUGACUGUGUCCCUUCCGAAAAUAUACAUUAUAACAGUCCACCUGUGGCACCACACUGUAUCCCUAACAUUAGACAUCACAACUCUGCUCUGUGAAUCACAAGGCGUUUGACUAUAACACUUUAAAGAGACUACACUAUUACUCAGUGCUGUGAUUCCAAAUCUCCUCGACUUCAAAGAUCCCUUUUUCUCAUGUUCUAAGUGUCGAGAUGAACACCAUGGGCGCUGUGGUAAUCUUGUUAAACACAACAUUUUCUUGCCAUGUCAAUGAGAUGAUCCGAUGCUCUCAGUUCAUUCAUUCCUUUGUUCAUUCACUCAUCCAUUUUUGCAAUAAAAGAAUAUUCAAUUCCACUGAGUUGCUGAUGGCGA